AUGCCCUCCCCAUGUCUCCAUCCAGCCCAGGAUACCGGGGAGAGGAUCAUUAAUGGAGUUCCAUGUCCAAGAGGCGCCCAACCCUGGCAGGUGGCCCUGUUUACGGACCAUGGGAUCAAGUGUGCAGGGGUGCUGGUCCACAAGGACUGGGUGCUCACUGUCGCCCACUGCCGCAAGAGAGUCUCCCUCUCAAUGUUGCUUUUUUUUUUUUCAAGUGAGUAUAUUGUGCAAGUGGGCAGUGAUAUUCUGGUUGAUGGAAAUGCCCAGAGGAUCAGGGCCACAGAAUCCUUCGUCCACCCCCAGUUUGACGCAGCCAGACAGGUCCAUGACAUCAUGCUGGUGAAGCUGAGCAGCCCGGCCAAGCUCUCAUCCACUGUGAGGACAGUUGGCGUGCCCUCCAGCUGCAAACAGCCUGGGACAAGUUGUACCGUCUCUGGCUGGGGCAGCACCACCGUGGAUGUAGUGAGGAACACAUCACAGCUCAUGUGCUCCCCCGUCAGCAUCAUCUCCUACAAGGACUGCAGGAAGCUUUUCCCGACCAUGUUGAGGAGAUUCAUUCUCUGUGCUGCUCCUCCCGACAGACGCUCCUCCGCCUGCAAAGGUGACUCAGGGAGCCCAUUGAUGUGUGAAGGUUCUCUUCAAGGCCUGGUGUCCACGGGGAAUUUCCCUUGUCGUCCACCCUUCCACCCAACCUUCUACACUCGUAUAUGCGCAUACCACACGUGGAUUAGUGAUACCAUGAAAAGGAAUUCCUAA